AUGGCUGCACAACUCAGCGUUGCUAUAGGUUCAUAUUCACGAUCUAGGAAAGGUCUGCCGAGGUGGGUACCCCCACUGCCGAUUGGCACCAACCAUUCAUGGCGGGUGAGCACCUGUCACUCUGCUGCUCUGCUCGUGCCGAUCAACGCCGGGCUACGCCAAGUUCUUAACGCUGCAACUACGCGAGUUGAACGUUGCGAUUCGAGAAAUGCGACCGAAGCGUGUCGACAUCCAUCUCCUCCACGACAAUGCCCAGCUGCGCGUCGUUUCAGCCACUCGCCACCAACUUGA